AUGCAAACCGAACACCAACCUCAAACCCACGUCCACGACCAGCAUGGAUGUUGUUCCGGAAUGGGAACUCAACAAUACACACCAACAACACAACGCAUACCCCUAGAUAGAGGUCUACAAUGGGGAUCUGAUCCAAACUUCUGCUACCACGGCUUCUCCUGUCCGAUCGGAAGCUGGACCGAAGAGCGCCUCGUCAGGAAUGCAAUGCGGAACAUGGCCUACAUGGCCAGCAGCGUCAAAGCAGAGUUCAACCUCGACUUUAACAUAUCCGACUACAUAAACGACCAUAGAUCCGAAGAAACGGACGUGGUUCGAUUGAACGGGUUAAAUUUCUCACCCACCGAGAGAGCGGAUGACCUUCGCAGUCCGACGCCGCCAUCCACAGCCUCGCCGUCGAGCACAUCAAGUCCUAGAAGGCAGGAGGUAGAUUUGCAGCCGCCAAAUAAGAAGAGGAAGUGUGUGCAGAAGCCUGGGCAGAAGUUGUGUCAUUGUCGCUCGGAGAAGAAGAGGAGGGAGGCUGUUAGCCAGGGAUAUCGGGAUCUGUCGCAGGUUGUGCCCGGGCUGGAAGGUCAAAAUUUUACGAGAAAAUAUGUUUUGAAUGCGACGGCACAAUAUUUAGAGCAGCUUUUACAUGGAAAUGAGGACUUGAAGAGGCAACUGGGUGAGAUGACAGAUCAAGAAGAGAAAGAUAUUGAAAAACUGUUGCUGGGGUGCGAGUCGGAGGUAUGA